UGUGUUUUGUUGAGGCUUAUGUUUUCAUAUUUGUGGGUCAUCUCUUCAUGUAACCCAUUAAUCUCCCUUCCCUCCCCCAAAAACUGAAGUAAAACGAUGGCUGACAAACCAGAUAUCGUGGAGAUCUCUCAGUUUGACAAGACCAAGCUGAAGAAGACCGAAACAAAAGAGAAGAACACUCUUCCAACUAAAGAGACCAUUGAACAGGAGAAAAAGUGUGAGGCAUAAACUCUCUUCACCAAGGGCCAGAUGUGGAGAACCGUGAGAUGGCAAGUCACUUGAAGCAGAUGAUGGCUUCUUCCAACCACUAGUCACUAUAGCCCUAGGCUGGAGUGGAACAUUUGCCCUCAUAGUUUUAACUUGUGUAUCAGACCAUCCUGAAAGAUGACCGUCUUCAUGAUGAUUAUCACUAUAGUCCGAUCAUGUGCCACUGAAGAGGCAGUCAGCUUUGCACUGAGGCUGUCUAACUCUGUUCUUUUGUAAAUCUGUUGGAAAGAGUUUUAUUUGCCCUCUUUCUUCUGUGAAAUAAACCUUUCAAAUGAA